AUGCGCAGCAUGUCGUCCGCGCCGUUGACAAACGCCGAGGUGCGCGAGCUGAGCACGGCGGAGAUCCGAUUGAACCUGGAGCGGUGCAUCCGGCUCCUAUCUCAAGCCUCGCUUCUUCAGCGACUUCGUGACGGCGGCGAAGGCAUCCGUCGCCGCAGCGAACUGUUCACGAAAGAGCUGGAGCGACGGCGCACGGUCGAGGCCGCAAGCGGCGAUGCCUCUGCCCAACUUGCACCUUCCACGUUGACCGAGGCACUCAAGCGAGACAAUGAGGCGGCAUUCUUGUCUGAGUCUACGCACAAUUCCACUGACGCGGCGCGGGAGAUCGCGCAAAAAUACAAGGACCAGCGCAUAGAUGUUGAGGCGACAGUCCGUCGCAUGUACGAAGGCAUCCUCAGCGAGGGCGAGAUCCAGCGCAUCCUGCAAAGCGUCCCUCCCCGAUUCUUUCUCACCUACUCCGAGACGUGUGAGAUGGAGCAGCAGCUAGCGAGGGAUGCGCGAAAAGCGGAGCUGCAGAACCUGGCAGCCCAGGUGGCGCGCCUCAGUGCCACGCCCCAGUGA